GUUCAGAGCUACAAUAUUAUGAUCAACGGAUUAUGUAAGAUUAAAAUGGUGGAUGGAGCGCUGAAUCUCCUUGCAGAAAUGGAUUCCAAAAAGAUUAUUCCUAACACAGUAACUUACAAUUCUCUUAUUGAUGGUUUAUGCAAAUCGGGGAGAGUCUCUCAUGCUUGGAAGCUUCUUGAUGAGAUGCAUGUUAGAGGUCAACCAGCCAAUAUAAUCACCUACAGUUCUUUAUUGGACGCUUUAUGCAAAAGCCAUCAUGUUGACCAAGCAAUUGCACUAAUCAAGAAAAUUAAAGACCAGGGUAUUCAGCCUGAUGUGUGGAUGUACAAUAUACUUCUGGGUGGACUGUGCGAAGGUGGAAGAUUGAAGGAUGCACAAGAGAUUUUUCAGGAUCUUUUGAGAAAAGGCUAUCAUCUAACUGUCCAAACAUAUACUAUUAUGAUCAAUGGGCUUUGUAAAGAAGGCUUGUUUGAUAAAGCGUUGGCCUUAUUGUCAAAAAUGGAAGAUGAGGGCUGUAUUCCUGAUGCUAUAACUUUUGAAAUAAUUAUUCAGUCACUCUUUAAGAAAGGUGAGAAUGACAAGGCAGAGAAACUUCUUCGUGAAGUGAUUGCUAGAGACCUAUUGUAA